AUGGGGUGGAGGAAGAGGGUAGGAGAAGAGAAGAGUGGAAGGGAAGGUGGUGAGGUAGUUAAAUGCCUUGGAGGAGAGGGAAGAAAAGGGUUUGAAGGGCAGGUGGUUCCAAAGCAGGUGGUUCCAAAGCAGGUGGUUUUAAAGCAGGUGGUGCCAAAGCAGGUGGUGCCAAAGCAGGUGGUGCCAAAGCAGGUGGUUCCAAAGCAAGUGGUUCCAAGUGGUGCCAAAGCAGGUGGUGCCAAAGCAGGUGGUACCAAAGCAGGUGGUUCCAAAGCAGGUGGUAUCAAAGCAGGUGGUGCCAAAUCAGGUGGUGCCAAAGCAGAUGGUUCCAAAGCAGGUGGUGCCAAAGCAGGUGGUGCCAAAGCAGGUGGUUCCAAAGCAGGUGGUUCCAAAGCAGGUGGUGCCAAAGCAGGUGGUGCCAAAGCAGGUGGUUCCAAAGAAGGUGGUGCCAAAGCAGGUGGUGCCAAAGCAGGUGGUGCCAAAGCAGGCGGUGCCAAAGCAGGCGGUGCCAAAGCAGGCGGUGCCAAAGCAGGCGGUGCCAAAGCAGGUGGUGCCAAAGUAGGUGGUGCCAAAUUAGGUGGUGCCAAAGCAGGUGGUGCCAAAGCAGGUGGUGCCAAAGCAGGUGGUGCCAAAGCAGGUGGUGAGGUGGUUGAAGGCCAGGGAGCUCUUGUGGUGGUGGUGGAAGAGGGGUGGAUAUGGGGCGGACUAAAAUGCAGGAAGCAUGUGUGA